CCAUGCGGACGACCCCGAGCGGUCGGGUAGGCUGUUUGGAGUGUUUAUCCGACUGGUCAGAUCUGACAAGACUGAAACAACAACAAAUGUGGCUUAAAAACGGCAUGACAUGUUUGACUAAUACCAAAAUAUAUGAAAAUGAAUCAUCCUGGAAAACACUAUGAAGUAAAGUAAAUAUACAGACAUAAUGAAAACUAGUCAGUUACACACCUUAAGAAAAUGGCAAUGUAUUCCUCAGACCUGUUUGUAAAUUAACCAUUUCAAAAUAUCUGGACAGAAACCACAGCAUAUUGUACAAUGAUGAGGUCAAUGAAACGUGAUUAAGGGACAUGAAAAGAUGGAAGUUCAAUGGAACAACAUUGUGAUAGGUGGGUAAUUUAACUAGCAGGGGGAGACAAAGUCCUGCCUUGUAUGUUAACUGAAAUCUAGCCAGUGUAAGACACAAUAUUUUUUAUUUUGUUUCACCUUUAUUUAACUAGGCAAGUCAGUUAAGAACAAAUUCUUAUUUACAAUGAUGGCCUACCACAAGGCAAAAAGUCUCCUGGGAUUAAAAAUUAAAUAAAAAUAUAGGACAAAACACAUAUGACAAGAGAGACGCCAGAACACCACAUAAAGAGAGACCUAAGACGACAACAUAGCAUGGCAGCACAAUAGUCGGGAUCCAAACUGAAUUCAAUACAUUUAAGAUAUUGCCUAGACAAGCUCACAGAAUUCCUCUAUAUACAGCAUACCAGUAACCCUCUCACACUUGCACAUCGGACCCUGAUGAGACUCACUCAUUAGGUUUCGGUGGUGGUAAGACUGCUGUUGAAACUGAUAGACCUCUCCACAUGGGCAUCCCCACUGCUGCGCUCCAUACUGUCUGGCAAUGGCUGGGUCAUCUCCUGAGAACAUGUUACUCUGGCGAAUGGUGCUUGUUUAAUAAAGUUAGGUCAAAGCCGAAUCAAUGGCUGCAAGAUCACAUAAUGAUAGUAUUCUACAUAACAUACCCAAAUAUAGUAAUAGCAUAGUAUAACAUUACUGGAAGACAAAAAACACCACCAAAUUCCUUAGGAGGUUUUAGGAUGAUUGUGCACGUGGUUACAUGCUUCUCUCAUGUUGCCAAAACUCAACAGCGUCUCAAGAAGAGCUAAAUCAGGGAUGCCAACUUGGAUAGGGGUGGGGGGCCACAAAAAAUCUGAAGUCUUCAUGAGGGCCCUCAGUGGCUUGCAGGUCUGAGUACCCACAUCCAUACCAGCACAUGCAGUCAAAGCCGGCCCUAGCCCUUUGAGGGCCCUAAGUGAAAACUUGAAGAAUUAUCAUUCACGAUGGACAGUGGGAAAUGUGAACGGACUCGAGGUUGGGUGACCACCAAAAUCAAAUUUGGACUUUGUGGCUGUGGAAUCGGUCAGUGCCAUCCUGAAUCCUUGAGAGUACCUACACCAUUGAAGUUGACAUUUUAAAUGGUUAAAGUAAGAGUUAGGCCCCGCUGACAGCAGCAAGGGGGGCACAGGGAUAAUGUACCCCAAAAGUCAGGGGAGGGUAGGCACAGCGUCCCCCUACAAUCUGGCUCCGGCUCCCUUCGACCUCAACCAGAACCACGUGGUGUGUCUGCCUCUGGUCUCCGAACACCUGAAGCUCCUGUGGGCGUGCUCAGACCAGACCCAGGAACUGGACGGCGUGGCUUAUCUCAUAGAGGCCUUCAACGUGUUCCCAUACCCGACCCUGGGGGAGAUGGCGUCGCUCGCCCAGAGCUGCUCUCUGCAUCUGGACCAGGUCAGAGUGUGGUUCAUGGUCCAGCGGCUCCGCUAUGGGAUCAGCUGGGAUGCAGAAGAGAUCUGUAUGGCACGGUGCAAGAUUUGCGGACCAAACCAGGCGAAGGAGAAGGACAAAAAAGAGAAAGAAGAGAAGGUAUUGCCUCCCCUCAGUAAGGAGGGUGAUGGGAGAAACAGGAGUGAACAUUCACCUGUCUCCACCUCCAAUCAGCUUAGCAGCCUGACCUUUGAGCCCUCCUCACCCGUUCCUCGAAAACGCCGUAAACGCCACCCUGUUGUUGCACCCAAUAACUCCAAUCCGCAACACCCUUCACCUCCAGUCCCUCUGUGUUUAGUGGCGCCCCCCACAACCACAGGGCAAACCCUAGAAGCCCCCGACAAAGCCCACGAAAACCUCAAACCCCAGAGGCACUGUCAGGAUUUUCACUCAGAGCUGUGGCGGAGCUUCGGCUGUAACACAAAUCCUCCGAAGGAGGAGCUCCAGCGUCUGCAGGCCCUCACCAGGCUCCACAUGAAGUACAUCCGCAAGUGGUUCUGCAACCGGCGUUUCUUGCUCCACCACCGCGUCAAGGCCGACCCAGAGUCUGAAGAGAACGGCCAGUCACAGCCCAACGACCUCCUGUCGUCACAGACACAGCUUAUUCAGCGUCUGACACAACCACCACCGCCAACUGACAGCAGGGUCAGACCGUCACCGACGAAGAAAAGGGUCUGUCAAGUAGAUGAUGUCGACUUCCUAAGCAGGAGCCGCAAUGGUAACCAUGUCCAUGGCAACCCCGCUAACACCACCCACCAGAUUAGGUCAAACGUGAAGGAAAAAGAGAAAGAACCAGCGGAAGUACAGAAGAAGAAGACGGGAACAGCAGACAAAGAGGAAACGGCCAGAGCUGGAGUUAAGAGAUGGGAAAAGAACAUCAAGAAGGAACUGAAGGAGGAGCGGAACGCGGUGGGGAUCACCAAAUUCAUCGAUGACGACGGAAAAGAGCAAGUUAUCAAAAUGGGCCCGUGGCCGAAGAACAAGACAAUAGCCCAGCUGGAGCUCCUGAGACACUUCUUCCUCACCUGCCAGUGGCCCAACAAAGGGGACUACACGCAACUGCAGCAGCAGACAGGCCUCUCGCGGAAGGCUCUCACCCAGUGGUUCGGAGACACCCGCUACUACGUCAAGAAGGGCAUGGAACGCUGGAUGAGUGGGGAGGAGCACCGGAAGGUCCUGGCGCAGAUUAGGGAGAAGCAGAGGCAACGGCAGAGGGACUGGUUGAUGACUGAGGAAACAGGUCCAUCGGGGUCCUCCUCCGUGCCGUCUUUGCGUACCGUGACUCAUAGUGCUAAUGGGGAGGCUGGUAGGGAGGAGGAUGGAGCUGGGACUUUGAGACAGACUUGGGGUACUCAAUAGUAUAAAAAGGCUUCUUCUCCUUGUGCUCUCUCGUCUAGGAGCACUGAUCCAGCAUGGCCUAACAGGUGAAAUGUUAUUUGUUGAAACUUGAAAUCGAUCUGAAACUUUCACUUGUCUGCAGUGAUGGAGAAGGAAGCUAAGUAUUGAGUCACACCCCUGCUGUAAAGCUGGAGAGGCCUGGAGGGUGCUGAAAAGGGACUGUUAGGCUACAUAUUAGGAAUUGUUACGAAUGAGGCAGCAUUUUGUUUGUAUGUUACAAGUUGUUGAUUAUGUUUAUGAUCUAGUCUACUUUAGUUGUAGCGCUAUUGAAACUGGCACUUCCUGUUCAGUUAUUCAUUCAAAUGUCAAUUCAUGUUUCAGCUCCAUCACGGGUUUAUGCUGGGAAGUUUCUAUGACAUUGCAUUGAUGUUCCUUGUUUGAUAUGUUCAGGGUGUAAAGAAUUGGGGAAACUACCAGACCUGCUACAACCUAUGUCCUUGGGUGCGUCCCAAUAAUCUCUCCUUCCUCCUGAUGUGUGCACUUGCGCGUUCAUUCCUCCCCAUAAAGUUAAAAUCAUUAGAUUGAUGUAGACUAGGGGUGAGUCCAUUAAGGGAAGUGAACAAGUGCACACUUUGGGAGAACAGAGAUUAUUGGGACAUAGCAUAAGGUGUGUCCUUAUCGGUAGUAAGAAAGUCGAUCAUUUAUUUUGACUUCACUAACUCCGCUAUAGCCUGCAGUAUCAAAAUCUCAGAGCUAGCAUGUUGAGUCGUAUCUGGUUCUUUGUGUGGUGAACAGGUUUCUUCCCUUUUGUGAAUAAAAAUAACUGUUCUCCUUGUUCUGCAA